UAGAGCCAUUUUGAUAUCGAGCCUUGUUCAGUUAGUUGUGUAUUCAAAAUGUGGAGCUGUUGCUACCAAUUGCAGCAGCAGAGGCCGCACUAGAAGGGCCUGCUGCACCUGCUCCCACAAUUAGCCAAUCUACAGCAACUACAACAACAGCACAAAAAGGCGCCAAAAAUCAAAGAAUUAUUACAAGCAAGGAAUUCCCCCGACUAACUGCAAUGAAAACAAUGAAAAUGUGGACCGAUGCCAAAAACGUUAAUUCAGCAAUGGGUCUUCAAGCAACAGCCGCUACCAAGCGGAAGCAUGAGCUGACCUUUGACAGCAAGGAUGCAAAUACCACGUACACUGGCAACUGUGCCCCGCCCCCGGUGAAGGCCAACAAAUGGGCCAUCAACAACAACAACUACCUGGAAUCGCUCGAGGAGCAGCAGCAGCAGCAAAAGACGCCCACGGAACAGCUCACGGAAUCCAACAACAACAACGUGGAGCCCGCGAAGCCAGCGCAUAGUAUUAUUAGCAACGGUGACGAAGUUACUAGCAACAACAACAGCAGCAGCAGCAACAUCAAGAGUCCCGCGGAGGUGCCGCUGCCACCCACAGCGAGUGCCGCGAUACCCGAGGACAACAUCGCCAAGCUCGAGGUGGUUGCCGCAGUGCCCUGCGAGCCUUGGGCAACGGCGGCGUCACCCGUGGCAGCGGCCAACAGCGAGCCCGUCGACUGCAUCUCCAAGCUGCAGGCGGUGGCCGUGCCGAGCGAUCCCUGGGGCAGCAUAGCCACGCGCUCGACGCUAGCCACCACGCUGCUCAGCGCCGACGAGCUGGACGACGACGACGAUGACUUUGAAGAUGACUACGAGGAGGAGGAGAGUAUUAUACCCACCUACUGUCCCAUUCGCUAUCAUCCGUUUGCCCAGCAACAGCAGCAGCAGCAGCAGCAGCAACAGCAGCAGCAGCAGCAGCAACAGCAGCAGCAGCAGCAGCAACAGCAGCAGCAGCAGCAACAACAUCAGCAACAGCAGCGCAGCUACCCUCCCGGCUAUGGCAGUCGGCCCUCCUACUACUCGGAGCCGUUCCCGCAGCAGAAUUGCUCGCGUACCGGCAGCCCGCAGCAUAUGACGCCGCGAGGCUUCGCACCGCCUCAGUGGACAACGACAGGCGCCGCAGCUGGCGCCGGCUCAGCCGGAGCGACAAGCGGUGCCGCGGCCACGCCCAGCUCUGCGCAGCAGCAGCAGCAAUUCUAUGAGAAUGGCGGCGGCGUGGGAGUCGUCUACGCGCAGCAGGCACCACAGCAAACCAUACGCUGUGCAGAGAACGGCAAGUCCUAUUUGGAUCUGGGCUGCAGCAGUGUGGCCACAGCCACGCCAACGAGCGCGCUGCCCAGCAGCAAUGGAGUCGCCGCGCCGGCUCCGUUCGUGGCUGGUGGGCUGCCGCUGCCGCUGCACGGCCUGCCGCUGAAGCGCUGCUGCGACGGACGUGGCGGCUGGUGCAGUGCCAAUCGCAGCUGCUACAAGGACACGCGCCUGAAGAUCCGCAAUCUGUCCAUGUUCAAGCUCUCACGCUUUCGCCAGGUGUCGGAGCAGUCGCUCUACCGCUCGGUGCUCAUCUGCAACACGCUGAAGCGCAUCGACCGAGAGAUCGAGGCGGAGGCCAAGGAGCUGCAUCAUGCGGCGCAGCAGCAUCAUCAGCAGGCAGCAGCCGCAGCAGCUGCUGCCGCCGCGCAGGCAGCUCAAUAUCAUCCGGCCUAUCAGCAGCAGCAGCAGCAGCAGCAGCAACAGCAGCAGCAACAGCAACAGCAGCAGCAGCAGCAGCAGCAGCAGCAACAGCAGCAGCAGCAGCAGCAGCAAGUUCCCCCAGCGCCGCUGCAUCAUCAAGACUACGCGCCUGUGCUGAACUGCGCUCGGCUGGCCAACAUGGAUCACUAUCAGCAGCUGGCGCAGGCGCCUAGCUUUCAGCCGCAAGCGCCGCUUGGCUAUCACGAGCGGCUGGAGGCGCCGCCGCCGCCAUACAGAUCGGCAGCUGCUGCAGCUGCUCCUGGUGGCUUUCCAGUGGCCCAGCCUGGACAUGUGGCAGCCGUCUCGGCGACCAGCAAUUGUGAUACGUCGUGCAGCACCACGCUACAUCCCUACGAUCACUAUCCCUUCCGGGAGUCGCAAUCGGGCCGUGCCACGCCCUUCCCCACCUGUCAGACGACAGCGACAGCAGUCGCAGUCGCGGCUGCAGCAGCAGCCGCUGCACCGCCCGCUGCUAAUGCGGCGAGCAGUGCUAGCGUCAUCCCUGCCAUCGUCAGCUCCAGCAGCAGCAGCAGCAACAACAGCAGCAGCAGCGCAGCCGCCCCAGCGACAGCGGGUCCGGCCGCGCCGUGCUCGAGCGCCACCUCCACCAGCAGCAGUAGCAGCAGCAGCCCCAGCAGCGCCGCAACGAGCGCGGUCAGCGCCUGUGACUCAAGCGACUCGGGCUAUGCGGACGACGAUUCGACGCGCUCCAUUAACUGGAGCUCGGUGCUCAGCCUCAGCUCGCAGUCGGCGCUGGAUCCGCUCAACAACAACGAUCUGUUCAACAUACUCCCAGCCGCCGCCACGCCCACAGCGGUGCCCGUUUGCAUAGCGAGCAGUGGCUCCACUCUAGCGUUCAGCGGCAGCUUCACCACGGUGCAGGCGAGCGCCAGCCAGAGCAGCAGUCACUCCUCGGCCUCGUCCACAACGGCCACGUUCACUACUCUGUCGACCAUCUCCUCCGCGACGCACUCGCUGACAUCCUCUUAUGUGAGCAGCAUCAGCUCGAACGUGUCGGCAGGCGCGAACACGUGGGAAUACGGAUUCCUGGACAUGGAGUUCGGUCUCGGGUCGGAGUUCACCGAGCUGGUGCCCAGCUGCAAGCUCAGCUCCGACGAGCUGUUCAAGAGUGGCUUAAGCGCAACGGUCGUUAGCUCCAACGAGCUGGAACAGCCCGCUCACAUUAUGGUCGGCAGUUAGUAUCAGUUGUAGGUGUUUGAUUGCGCCGGAGACAUCGGCUGUGGCAGCCGCCGGGCUUAGCGUGCGGGUCACGCCUGUCCAGGUGGCGCCACAGCCCAAUUCCAAGCAGUAUUCAAUAUGUGUAAUUGUUGUAGCAAAGAAAUGAAACAGAAAUACUGUUAACGUAAUUUCGAAUUAUGCUCAGGUUGUGAACGUGCAUGUUGCCCCGUCCCUCCCCCUAACACUUCCCCCCAUCCGACCACCCCCUAUAAAAAGCCGCCCAAUCCGUUUUUACCUAAAAGCCCAGACAACAAGCAAUCGCCGACAGGGGGCGCUAGCAGAGAUAAUUGCAAUUGUAUUGAAAAUGAGAAAAAAAAACUAAGAGAAGAAAAUGGUAUGACAAAUGAAAACUAUUAGCAAAUUUUUUUAAGUGUAAAUAUUGUAAAAUGUCAAAUGUAAUGAAGAGAACAACUUCUAGCAUCUAAGUUAAAAGCAAAAACAGAAUUAUAUAUACAUAUAUAGUAUAUAUAUGAUAAAUAUAUCUAUAUUAGCGCGUAUGACAUGUAACUUUAGCUUUGUUAGUUGCAAUUGUUGCAGUUUUUCGAUUUCACACUCACAUACACACACUUACACUCACGCAAAAACACAUACACACAAUAAGAAAUUGGAAGAAUAUCAAUUUUGCAGAAAAACAAAUCACAGCAAAUAAUAUUUGGUAGACAAAAACUACAUAAAAACAACAAGAACAUGAAGCAAAAUCGAAAAACGUUUACUAUAUUGUAGCCAUAAGUAUUAUUAUUUAUAUACAAAUGCAAACAAAACAAAAAGAUAAAUGA